CAGCGUUUGAAAAGCAUACACAAUCUGUGUUAAUAUAUUAGUCUGUGGUUAAAAGGACUUGAAAGGACUCGAAACUCAAAAUGCAGGACUUAGGACUUGACUUGAUACUUUCCAGUCUUGACUUUGGACUUGACUCGGGGCUUGCCUGUCUUGACUCGGGACUUGACUCGGACUUGAGGGCAAAGACUUGAGACUUACUUGUGACUUGCAAAACAAUGACUUGGUCCCACCUCUGGUAAAUAGUCAUGAAAAUAAAGAAAAUGCAUUGAAUGAGAAGGUGUGUCCAAACUGUUGGCCUGUACUGUAUAUUUCACUCAAUUUUAGGGAUUUCUUUUUGGUAAGGAUUGUUGAAAAUAAUACUGACCGUCUCUAUUUUUGUUCAUAGAUUUUUUGUGUUCGAUUUUAUUCGCUCGUGCAGGUUUACCACAGAUGGUACACCCAAUGAAAAUGUAUUUUGUGUGUGUGUGUGAGCGUGUAUGUGUGUGUUCCAAUGCUCAGUCCUCACUCCGGCAGACCACCACCAACCAGCAGCAGCAUCGAGAACUAACUGUUUAAAAGGAGAAAGAUGAAGAGCCUGCUUUGCCUCAGCGUUCUACUUUGUGUCUGUGUCCUCCAUAUUAGCGAUGCCAGAGUCAUCCCAGAAGGAGUGCCGUAUGACGAACCACCCGCCGUCCCCUACUGGCCGUAUUCCACCUCGGACUUCUGGAACUACGUUGAGUACUUCAAAUCCAUCGGGGCCUACAACCACAUCAACGAGAUGGCCCGGGCCUUCUUCGCCCACCAGCACCUGGGAAACACGCUGGGCUAUGAGAGCAACAUGGGGCAUGAGCACUGAGAAAAAAGAGAAAUACAACAAGAUAAAGGAAAUCAAGGGAAUUCUGGAUUUGUACAAAUAACCAGCAAAUAUAAGAAAAGAAAAUACUGGAAGUUUUAAGAAGGGGGAAUUCCUAUUUUAUUAUAGCAUGACCAUACUUGUAUAGAAAGUUAGAUUAAGAUAGUAGCAUUUUUUUUUAAACAUUGUAACAUGCAAUUAACAUUUAAUA